CGGAGUGACGUGCCAAGAUCUUUCGUCCCACUGUUACCAAUUCUACGUUGACGAAGGGCAAGGCAAGCAAUGGCAACGAGCCACCCACGAGUCAGUAGUCACCACUGCUGUUGAGUGGGUAAAAAGCGCAAGGAAAUAAAGGCGGUAGAAGCUCAACGACCUUACUAUUCCUCCACUCCGCCAAAGCGCUUGCUCCGCCUUCCUAAUCCUUUCUCCUUCGCUUAAUGGCGGCAGCGUGCCGCCAUGAGACGCACUCUUUGUGCAGGCCGGUGGAGCAACUUUUCUAGGCACUUUGCCUUUUUUCCUUUUUCUGGCUCUCUCCAUCGCGUCAGACUGCAGAACAAGUCUAAAAAAAUGAUUUUGGGUGAAACUCAAGGAUGCGACAUGCAGGUUACGGAGAAAUCCCCAUCCAACAGAUUCAAGCUUCUUAAGGCCAUUGCAUUCGAGUAGGAAAAGGGGCCGAGUUUGGCUCAUCCAGCGCAGAGAAGAGGGAAAGUUGUUAUUCCUUCCUUGGACAUAGUAACCAAACAGGCCAUCUCAUGUGCAACAAUAUGAGGCUUUGAGAAUAAGGAAGGGGGUCUAGAAAUUGGAAUUCAGUGACAGGAGAACCAAAGAGGAACAAUGAUGAGAACCAUAAGAUCAGCAUCUAUGUUGCUCUUGGUAACGUAUGAGUGGUCAUUAUUAUAAAAAAAUUGAAAGAAGAACAAACACUAGUCGGCGUAAAUGUAACCCGUUGUAGAGAUUUUAUCAACAAUUUUUUAUCAAACAUGUUCGAUUGUAACUAAGCUUGGAAGGGAACAUAUAUGCUAGCAUAAAUGGUUUCGAAGCAAAUUGUCUAACAGCUUAUGGCUUCACUAAGCCUUUUAUUUCUCAUCUGCCUCUUAUUUUCUGUCAUUUAAUUCAGUUGUUCGCCUCUUGAUGGCCGCAAAGAUUCCUCAGUGACAACUUUCUGUUUUAUACUGAGAAACUCUGGGCUGAGAUUAUGGCAAAGAGAUCAAAGAGACGUCCAACACAACCUCACAGGAACAAUGUUGGAUGUAUGUGGGGUUUGAUUAACUUGUUCGAUUUCCGUAGAGGCCAUCCAACUCAGAAGUUACUUUCAGAUAAAAAGCAUGGGAGCAAUAGACAUAUUGGUACUGGAUACUCUAAAAUUAAGCUUGAUUCACUCAGAAAUUCACAUGAAACUGGCACUCUUGUCGAUGAAAUUAGACAAGAUCAAGCAAGUUUGGGUUUGGCUAGCAUAAAAGAAUUGAUAGAGGAAGAGAUGUUUCAAUCUCUCAUAAAGAAAAUUUCAAUGGAUGAAGCUCAAAGGGUAACUUCUAGCACGCAAAGGGAAGUACCCCUCAGGUGGAACUACAAGCUGAGAAGACAAAAAUCAAAAUUAAUUCAUGGCAACCAGGGAAAAAAUGGUAUGGAUGUUUCAGGCAGCUUGGAUGGGAUUCAUUCAGGUAGUAUGGAUCUAACAGAGAUAUCUUCUCUCACCUUUGACGUCCCGGCACUUCUUUUAGACUUGGAAAGUUAUACAGUCCAACAAGCCAAUAUUGGUUCUAAUGAUAAGUUUGACUUACGUACUUCCUUGGAAAGUACUAGUCUUGAUGAAAAAAUCUCUUUAGUUCAGCAUACAUUGGCUGAAUUUGCUCAGAUCAUUGCUGGUCAGAAGUCAAUGAUUGAGGGACAAAACCAUGGACAAUUGUCUGUGCAACCGAAAAUGCUAAUGGAUCGAUUAGAUGUUGCAAAUUCAGAUAAGGAGCUAUUCAUGAAGCUCCUCCAAGAUCCAGAUUCAUUUUUGCUUAAAUUUAUUCAAAAUCUUCAUGAUGUUCAGGUAAAGAAAGCAUCCAAACUAGGAUCAGAAAGAUACUCAGAGAAUGUCGCAUUGUUAGUAGAGGAGAAUGGCAAUUCAGGUAAGAGCAAUGAAUCUGAUGGUGAUCAAUCACUUCAAAAACAAAAGAGAUACAACUUUUUCUGGAGAAAAGACAAGUUAAAGGCAACAAAGCAAACAAAGCAGAACUCAAGUUCUGAAGCUUUGAGCAAAAUUGUUGUUCUCAGACCAAACCGAGUACGUUCUCUAAAUUCUUCUUUCAUUAUUACGCCGAGUUCUUCACCACAAUCCAAUCAUGUGCUUAAGUAUAAUGAAAAUGGUGAAAGAAUUGCAUCCAAUUUUUCCAUUAAAGAAAUUAAGAGGAAAAUCCAGCAAAUAUUUUGUGAGAGCAGGCAAACACAUGUUAUUUCCAUGGAUGGUAUUCGACACAGAAUUCCAGUUAGAUCCACUGACUAUGGUGAUUUAUCUGAACUGAUACAUGGUGGGAGUGCAGCAGCAAGCUCAGUAAGUCAUUGUUGUGAUGAUAACAAGCUGACUGGAUCAUUUGAUCUUGACAAUGUAAGUAAGAAGAUUACUUCAGAAGAAAAAUUUGAAGUCAACGGCAAUAGUCAUAUUUCUCACACUGCAUCGAGAUCUGAGUCUUUUAUAUACGAGGAAGCUAGGAAGCAUCUUGCUGAGAUGCUGGACACAAGAGUUGAUGGUUUGCCGAGAGUCCAAUCUUCAGAACCUUUGGUUAAACUACUUUCUCUUGUAAAUUUCAAUGAGCUAUCUCCUGCAUCCAGUCCUCAAGAAGAUGAAUUUGCAAUGUCAUCUAAAGAGACAGGAGAUUCCUCAUUACGACAUUUAGAUAAAGGAGAAUUUGCUGAAACCAGUUCACUGGAGGCAACAUAUGUCGCAGGAAGUACAGAGAUAAUUGAAAUGGUUGAUACUAAGCGCAUUGUGGAUUCUAACGAGUUGGCUGUACCGUUGGAAUCAAGUGGAAGUGAACUAAUAGUUGUCAAUGAAAUAUGUGAAGAGGAAUCUACUACAUCACCAGGCUCGGUGCAGUCCAACCUCCGACCAAGUAACUUAGCCGGGGAGAACUUAAUAACUCUUGGAAGAAUCAAUGAAAAGCCAGAGCAACCAAGUCCAGUAUCUGUGCUCGAACCAUUAGUAUCAGAUGAUAUUAACAAUCCUAACUCUGCUGACAUUGAUAAUUAUGAUAAUCAAGUACGACAUCAACAAGCUGUUCAUGAAGAUGGAAACAACUUUGUGGGAAUUGUCGAGUCACCAGAUUCAAAUGUCAGGUUAAGAGACUAUCUUCAAGACUAUCAAGCAAGGUUUGACUAUGUUAAAGUAGUCCUUGAAGCUUCUGGCCUAACCAAUGAAUUCCCAAGGAAAUGGAAUAUGGAGGACCAGUUACUUGAACCAUCUUUGUUCAAUGAAAUCGGGAUCUUUUUUUGCUUUCUGCAAGACGACCCUAAGCUUCUAUUCGACUGCAUGAAUGAAGUCCUUUCAGAGAUGCAUGAAAAGUUCUUGAAAUGUACCCCAUGGCUGUCUUUCAUCAAGCAGAAUGUCCUACCUGUUCCUCUUGGUGGAAGCCUAAUCCAUGAAGUUGGAAAAGGACUCGAGUGGCAUCUUCGAAUACACUUGCCCAACACAUUAGAUCAAGUAGUGAAAAAGGGCUUGGAGGGUCAGUGUUGGAUAGACCUUCGAUUCGAAGCUGAGAACAUCACCAAUAAGUUAUGUGAUGCCAUCUUAGAUGAUGCAGUAAAAGAAAUUGUUUUCGAUUCUAUGUGUUGAGUUCUUCGGGAUUCAUCAUUUCUGAGUUUACAAGAUAAUCAAGAUUGAAUACUAACAGGGAAAGGUUCAAAAAUCCUAGGAUCAGUACCUUUUUCAAAAAAAUUUAAGACUCGCAUUUACACAGCUAGUCUUAGAUUGCAUCAAUCUUUUCUUUUCUUACUGUAAAGUGUUGCGAAGUUUGAAUGGGCUUGAUGUGUGGCCUAUUAGUUUAAUAUCUUGUGUUGUAUUCAAUAAUCUGAAGAAGUGUGUAAAUGCGGAUGCUACUGGAGAUCUUCGUGGUUUGAAAUGUUUUCAGAAGUUCAUUUGAGUUCGAGUGCAUUUUUGCAAGGAAGAGGUUGGUUUUA